GCUUGCGGGCCACCUACUCGACGGCCGGAAGUCAUCCGAGCUGAGGCUGUGGCUACCACCACGGAUCUAGACACCAGUCCUCACCAGUUAGCAGCCAGUAUGGCAGAGCGUGCGGCGUUGGAGGAGCUAGUGCGACUUCAGGGAGAGCAUGUACGGGGACUCAAACAGCAGAAGGCCAGCGCCGAGCAGAUCGAGGAGGAGGUGGCAAAACUACUGAAACUGAAGGCACAGCUGGGCCCUGAUGAAGGGAAACAGAAGUUUGUGCUCAAAACCCCCAAGGGAACAAGAGACUACAGUCCCCGGCAGAUGGCAGUUCGGGAGAAGGUGUUUGAUGUAAUCAUCAGCUGCUUCAAGCGCCAUGGUGCAGAAGUAAUUGAUACGCCUGUAUUUGAACUAAAGGAAACACUGACUGGAAAGUAUGGGGAAGACUCUAAGCUUAUCUAUGACCUGAAGGAUCAGGGUGGGGAGCUGCUGUCCCUUCGCUAUGACCUCACUGUUCCUUUUGCUCGGUAUUUGGCAAUGAAUAAACUUACCAACAUUAAACGCUACCACAUAGCAAAAGUAUAUCGGCGGGAUAACCCAGCCAUGACUCGCGGCCGAUAUCGGGAAUUCUACCAGUGUGAUUUUGACAUUGCUGGGCAAUUCGACCCCAUGAUCCCUGACGCAGAAUGCCUGAAGAUCGUGUGUGAGAUCCUGAGUUCACUUCAGAUAGGUGACUUCCUAGUCAAGGUAAAUGAUCGGCGCAUCCUAGAUGGGAUGUUUGCUGUCUGUGGGGUUCCUGAUAGCAAGUUCCGUACCAUCUGCUCCUCAGUGGACAAGCUGGACAAGGUGCCCUGGGAGGAAGUAAAGAAUGAGAUGGUAGAAGAGAAGGGUCUUGCACCUGAAGUGGCUGACCGCAUUGGGAACUACGUCCAGCAGCAUGGUGAAGUAUCUCUGGUGGAACAACUGCUCCAGGAUCCUAAACUGUCCCAAAGCAAGCAGGCCUUGGAGGGCCUGGGAGACCUGAACCUUCUGUUUGAGUAUCUAACCCUGUUUGGCAUUGCUGACAAGAUCUCCUUCAACCUGAGCCUUGCUCGAGGGCUGGACUACUAUACUGGGGUGAUCUAUGAGGCAGUGCUGCUACAGACCCCAGCCCAGCCAGGGGAAGAGCCCCUGAGUGUGGGCAGUGUGGCCGCUGGAGGGCGCUAUGAUGGGCUGGUGGGUAUGUUCGACCCCAAAGGGCGCAAGGUGCCAUGCGUGGGGCUCAGCAUUGGAGUGGAGCGGAUCUUUUCCAUCGUGGAGCAAAGGUUGGAGGCCUUGGAGGAGAAGGUACGGACCACAGAGACACAGGUGCUUGUGGCAUCUGCACAGAAGAAGCUGCUGGAGGAGAGACUGAAGCUCGUCGCAGAGCUGUGGGAUGCUGGAAUCAAGGCAGAGCUGCUCUACAAAAAGAAUCCGAAAUUACUGAACCAGUUGCAAUACUGUGAAGAGGCAGGCAUCCCACUGGUGGCUAUCAUUGGUGAGCAGGAGCUCAAGGAUGGGGUCAUCAAGCUCCGUUCAGUGGCCAGCAGGGAAGAGGUGGACGUCCGAAGAGAAGACCUCGUGGAGGAAAUCAAAAGGAGGACAAGCCCGUCCCUUUGCAUCUGCUGAACUGAGCAAACUAUCAGAGGACAGUGGGACUGGCACUAUUUAAGGCUCAGACAAAACUCUGCAUAUGUACAUCAACAGCUUUGCACACUUCUGUUCCAGCAGGAAGACCUGAAGAGUGGUCAGAACAGAGACAUUAUUAUUAUUUUAUUGGUAAUCACAGACAAAGAUGGCCAGGUACUAGGCCAUUUUCUAUCAGAGGCCCUAGGGGCUUGGUCCAGUCUGGCUCGUGGGCAACAAGGACCCAGCCUGAGAUGGCCUCCUUUGCAGGACCCUACACCAGGUGGAGAGACUGCCCCCGCAACCAGUCGCCAAAGGUCCAAUAAAAUGCCUCAACCACUGGA